GCAAGUAAAAUUGGAAAUGUAUGGCAUACUAUUUUAAGUGCUUGAGUGCGAGUAAGUUGUAAAUAAACUUUUCUUUUUAAAUUUACCCAAAACAUAUGGAUAUAAUACUAAAUUCAUCGAGUAAAAAUAUGACCGUCACGGUUUUUGUUUUAAGCUGAAUAACUAAGUUUGACUUUAAGUGUAUAGAGUGUACCAGAUGGGGAGUCAGCCGUCGGUAGUUAUUGUUGAUCCGGUACGGGUGUCUCGAACAAGACCUAAAUAUCCACCUCCAUCUGUGCCAAAAUGGUUUUUACCUGAUAUACGCCCUUUGGUAUUUGCACCGGAAAUAGAUGAUAUUGAUAGCCGCAAUAUCGAUUGGCACGCUAUAGAACGUUCCAUAGAACAGGAACCAGAGGAUGGCGUAGAUGCAAGUAAAGACGUUGAACUUCGGAUAAGACCGUCGUCUGGCAUUGGGAAUAGCAGGACUGAUUCUGGAGCUAAAACAAACCGACAAACAAAGAGACAUGGACACAGAAAGAUACUAUCCUUUGAUAACAUUGAUAAACAUGCAUUUGCCACGCUACCCAUUCAUUCGGCAUCAUUUGAUGAAUUAAUACAGUACCUAAAGAAGCCAAUUUACGACGAAUUGCAUCCUGAAACAUGUUUAGUACGAGCAUUAACAGUUUGGCUUUCGAAACAAGACAGUACAAAAUCUAAGUAUCAACAUGCUGACGUGAGAACACCGACAGGGAUUAUCCAGCAUUUAAGGCAACAGACAUUAUCUUAUACAGAGGCUUUUACACUUUUAUGCAGAGGAGCAGGACUUCCAACUGUUAUCAUAACAGGUCAUGUUAAAGCUGGAAAAUACGAACCAGGAGAUAUCAUAGAUGAUGGUGCCCGUGACACUUGGUGUGCUGUACAUGUGGAUGGUAGUUGGCAGCUUGUACACCCAAAAUGGGUUUGCAGAGGAACAUAUGGUAAAGAAAAGGAUGAUUGGGUACAGAUUGAGGACGAUCCUUACCUAGCCAAAAAAGACCUACAACGUCAAAAGGAAAAAGAAAAAGAAAAAGAAAAAUAUAUAUUGACUUUCAAUGAAGAAUUCUUUAUGCCUAAACCAGAAGUGUUCAUAUAUAAGUGUUACGCAGACGAACAAAAGUGGCGCUUGAUACCAGAAGAAAUGAAUUUAACAUCCUUAAACGAUUUUAUGAAACUAGUUUAUAUUUCUCCGCCAUUUUUCAAACUUGGACUUAGUUUAGCCAAUAACCCAUCUUGUGUUCAAAAGUCGACAAACGGGGUAGUUAUAAUUGAGAUCAUUGCACCAAAAGACUUCAUUCAUGCACUAAAUCUUGGUUAUCAAAUAUAUGCGGAACAAAAUGAAACUAAACAUAAUGAUUUAUACAAAAAUCUCUUACAGAAGGACAUUCUUUCACGACUUGUUUUAAACUACAGGAGCAAUGACAGGUUUGUGUUUGAGAUCCGACUUCCGCUUGAAGGUAAUUAUCAAUUUGUAAUAGUAGGUGGAUUUGGCACAGACCUCAGUAAUAUAUGUAGAUUCAAACUGGUAUGUACGGAAAGUGUAGGGGAAUGGUUUGUUCCCUUUCUACACCCUGGUAAUAACGGAUGGGGACCGGGUCCUGAAAUGGAGAGAGUUGGCUUACUGUUGCCGACGAAACCAAGUGGUAAAUUAACGGUUUCGUCGCGGCAGAACUCGGGCGUAGUUAGACACAGUUCAUCAGUGUUUUACCAUCUUACAACGCUUAAUUUUCAGAUAAACAAGGCACUUAUAAGGAAAUAUGAGUACACUGUUGAAAUAAUGCCGUCAACAUUUAUUGACACGAGAACCAUUGCCUCACAUUUUACACCUAAUGGGGAGCUAAAGGGUGACUUACACUUCAAGGAGAAGGAGAUGGAGAGGGAGAAAAGAAUGGAACAUGUUAAAUCAGAGUUGAGCGAACAGAGUCAGGAUGAUGAUUUGCCGGUACGUGCCCAGUACACAAAAGAUAUUUCAUCCAGGCAGUUCACCGUACAAGUUAUAGGUAACCUGAUAGGGGAAGAGUGUGCAGUAAUUAUAAAGGCAACUGAAAUGGAAAUUAUGAACAACUUACGGGUACCAAAGAAAGGAGUUCCUACUAAGAUAGUUUGUUACUAUUUGCUUACAAAUGCAAGCACGUUCUUUCAUCGCGAGCAUACAGAGGUGAAAUUGUGCAAGUCGGCUCUGCAUGAUGCAAUGAAUACUCAGAACAUUGACAAAAUACAAAGUGCCAUGAACAAAUGUCUGAAAUUCAAAGUUCCAGUUACAGAUGACGCUAUAGCAGCUGCCGAGGCAAGACUUGAGUACUUAAUACUCAGAGCUGAAAUGGUGGAAUGUAUUAAACGUCGUAAUAUUGCAGUUGUAAAUGAGACUCUAAGGCGUGUUGUUGGCUAUAGAUACAGGGAGGCACUAAUAGUGGAAGUGGAGAAACUAUGGGCAUUCAGGAAGGAGCUGCAGAGUCUGGAAGGUUAUCCACAAGGCCUGCCACCAAUGCGAGAAUCUAUUGAAGAAAUGUACAAGCUAGCCUCGGCUAAACCACCCGUGCACAAUACCAUGAAAGCGUUGUUGAUUCUCCUUGGUUACGAAGGAAAUUUAAAGGAGUGGUCGUUUAUACAUAAACAAUUAAAAGUCACAACAGACAAGUUGUCGGAUAUGGGCAUUAUAAGAAGAAUUGAGUACAUGACCAACCACUCUUUCCCCUGGCGAAAAAUGGAUUUCAAGGUUCUGCAGAGAGUUUACAAGGUUGUCCAUGAGUACCAGUUUGAACACGUGAAGCACGUGAGUCUGGCAGCAGCGGCAAUAUACAAAUGGAUUGAAAAGAUGUUGAAGCGAGCAAAAUAUGUUCUGCAAGGUGGAGAAAAGCAAUAGACAUCGUCAUAUUUGAAAAUACCGUUUAUCAACCGAUUUUGACAUUUAUUACGAAAUAAAAUGUGAUAUCAAC